CCAACAUCACUAAACGUCACGACAAGUCGCCUCUUUUCAUUGGAUGAAAAGCCACUUCUUUCAUCUAGGAAUUUUAUAGGGUUUUAGUUCAGUGGUAAAAUUAUCAACUUUGAAUUAGCGUCAUUUGAAAGCUCCCCAUGAAAAGUCUGCUUUAGUGUUUAUGCCAACUAAAUGUAAUGAUUAUGUGUUUUUGUCAAUACGUGUUAUUUCUGUUUUAUACAAUUCAUUUUUACUCGUACAAUACACGUUACAGUUUAAUAGCAGUUAUGAUUUAGUACAGCGAUUAGGUGCAUUCGGUUGGAAGUAUUGUUGUUAACAUAUUCAUUGCUUAACCUAAUAGAUUAUCAUUACAUGAAUCUAUGCGUUAAAAUCAUUAAAAAUAUAUUGAUUACGGCAAUAGUGUCUAUCUAUUGUUUUGAACUUAAUGAAUCAGUUAUGAGUCUUAGUUAAUAUCAGUAAAACCUUGCAGCAAAAUAAAAGUAUACAUUAUUAAAGAUGAGUGAAAGUGCACCAAUCAUCGAUGUGCCUGAAAGCAAUGGUGGGCCAGAACAACCAACUUUUAAUGGAGAAACCGAAGAUCAUACCAAUAAAUCACCUGGUAGUAUAGAGGAUAAAGCACCAGAUUCUGUGUGUGACAAUGGCGUUAAAAAAAAUAAUGCAACUUCUGGGGUUGGAAGUAAUACUACUGGUACAACUAACAGAUCCAAGAAGCGCAAAAAAGCUCCAAGGGAUGCUACUGCUCCAAAGCAACCACUUACAGGUUAUUUUAGGUUUUUAAACGACCGACGAGAAAAAGUCAGGGGUGAAAAUCCAACGCUGACAUUUGCUGAAAUCACAAAAUUACUCGCAUCGGAGUGGAGUACAUUGCCCGCUGAUCAGAAACAGCAAUAUUUAGAUGCAGCGGAACAAGACAAAGAACGUUAUAAUCGUGAAUUUAGCGAUUAUAAACAAACGGAAGCAUACCGUUUAUUUAAUGAAAAACAGUCCUUAGAGAAGCAGCAGGAGACUAAAAAGGAAAGAAAUGGAACUGACGUAAAUUCUGAGCAAAAUGAUAUCCAACAAGAAAAAGAUAAUGAUUUUACAGGCUUUGAUAUUCCUAUUUUUACAGAAGAAUUCUUGGAUCAUAAUAAAGCAUGUGAAGCGGAACUAAGGCAACUGAGAAAAGCUACAUCAGACUACGAGGCACAAAACGCUGUUCUUCAACGACACGUAGAUAGCUUGUACGCAGCUGUAAAUCGUCUGGAGUCUGAAACAAAUCAACAACGCACGACAAAUCAAGCUCUGCAACGUCAUUUAGAUUCCCUUCGUUCACAAUUAGCUGGUUGUUUUGCCACAGUGUCUCUCCCAGGCACACAUGAUGGCGCAACGUUACAAAAUAUCGAUAAUUACGUGGAAAGGCUUGAAUCGUUACUAAACGGCAAUGCUGAGCAAUCUUUACGAAAUGCUGUGCGUAGCGCGGUAUCUCGCCUUGAAUUAAUUGGAUGACGAUCGCCCCCCGGUAGUGCAAGUACUACGUCACUAAAACAUCAUCGUUCAAGACACUCACAUCGAAAAUAGAGAAAACAAAGUGACUGUUGUUUUUUACGUUUUGUAAAAUACAAUUUUUUCUCUAAACUAGAAAUUAUUUCUUACGAAUUGGUCAAACAAAAUUGCGUAUGCUUUAAAGUUUGACAAUUACAAUGUGUCUAUACUAUAUACAUAACAUUAUCUUCCUUUGUGGAUCAUAGUUAUAUGUUUAUCUAUUAUUGUUUAGGUAAGUAUAAUUUAUACAAUAUAAUUUCACGCAAUUAUGUACACAUACGCGGUUAUCCGUUUAUACAGUUUAAGUAUACGUAAUGAAUUUGUAGCAUAAUAACAAAGUAUCAUUACGAUACUGUUCACUAUUUAUUAAUAAAUUUUUUUAAACUUA